UAUGAACUCAGUCUCUCGGUGGCGGUCCAUCGGCUCGGUUGCGUUUUUUUCUUGAUUUUUCUUUCUCCCAAAACCAUUUGAUCUUUGAAGAGCUUUCCUCCCAAUAAAAAGCAGAGUGUGUUGUAGUGAAGUGAUGCCCGCGGAAAGAUGUCUGUAAUCAUGAAGUUAUUGAUAUUUUCACUAUUGACGAUUGGCGCUCAAUCGAGCUACGGUUUGCCACCGUCGACCCUAGGCGAUGCCCUGGCCAGCGCCGGUCAGCUGUCCAAUCGGCUGAAGGAAACGGUAGCAUGGAAGACGUUCGCCGGCAUUGCCCGGGAGUCAGAUUCCAUCAAUUCAUUGGUCCGCAUCAUCCCCCAGACGACGAUGGGUUUCGUGCGUGAGGUGGUCAACUCGUUCCGGCAAAAAGAAUCCCGGAUCAUAGUGGCCACUCGGAUGGGUGCCCUGGAGGGUCGGAUGCAGCGGGUAAAGGGUGGUGGCCGGGGAGAAAUUUACGCCUUCAAGGGAAUUCGAUAUGCGCAGGCUCCGGUGGGGCAGUUGCGCUUCAAAGCACCACUUCCGGAGCUGCCGUGGAAGGGAAUAAAGAGCGCUCUCCGGGAGGGAUCCGUUUGCCCUCACAGGAGCAUGAUCUUGGAUAAUUUCAAGGGAAGCGAAGAUUGUCUGUUCAUAAAUGUGUAUACACCGGAUCUGCCAAUAGGGGACUACAAUCCGAGUUUUCCUGUAAUGGUGUGGAUCCAUGGGGGAGCUUUCUCUUUCGGAUCGGGUAAUGCUUUCCUGUACGGACCAGAUUAUUUGGUGCCGGAGGGUGUUAUUCUCGUUACCUUCAACUAUCGGCUUGGGCCCCUGGGAUUCCUAGGAACCGGCCAGGAUGCUCCUGGAAAUUCGGGUCUCAAAGACCAAGUCCUGGCCUUGAAGUGGGUUCGGGAUAAUAUUGCCGCCUUUGGUGGUAAUCCGAAAGAUGUGACAAUCUUUGGUCAAUCAGCAGGGUCUGUUUCGGUGCACAUGCUGAUGAUGUCACCGAUGGCCAAAGGAUUGUUCCACAAAGCUAUCGCUCAAAGUGGAACAGCUCUCAAUCCGUGGGCCAUUACUAGAACUUCCAAAGAGCGGGCGUUCCGGCUGGGAGGGCUUCUCGGUUGUCAGGUAAAUAACAGCACCGAGGAGCUGCUAGGCUGUCUACGAAAAACCAGCGCCCAGAAGAUCAUGGAUGCGGCCAUGAAAACCAUUACCGCAGAAGACAUCAAGAAGAGCAUCGGAUUACCGUUUGUGCCAUCGAUCGAAAACUGGAGCGGUGAGGAUGCGUCCGAGGAGGCACCUUUCCUAGCCGAAGAACCACUUGAGAUCAUGAAACGAGGCAACUACAACCGGGUGCCGCUGAUUGUCGGUUUCAAUUCACACGAAGCCAUGCUGUUCCUGCGAAGGGUACGGAAGGAUCCAAACUUGCUGCAAAACAUUGAUCGGGACUUCGAGCGGCUUUUGCCGACGAAUCUGGAAGUGGACCGAGAUACGGACGAGGGAGCAGCACUAGCCAGGAGAAUUCGUAGCUUCUACCUCAAUGACGAUCGCGUCAGCAACAACUCGAUUCAGAACAUGAUGGACCUAAUGACGGAUGUGAUGUUUCUGCAUGGCAUUUCCGAUUUGGCCCGGCUGCAUGCCACCCACGAUGGCCAGCACUCGACCUGGAUGUAUCGGUUCGCGUAUGACGGAUCACUCGGUAUUUACAAGCGGAUAUUGGGUAUCGAUUGGCCCGGUGCGUGUCACGGAGACGAGCUGGGUUACCUAUUCCACUUUGGGGUGCUCAACAUCCGGCUAGAUAACGAGUCCACUGAGCUGCAGACGAUGACCAAGAUGACUCGAAUGUGGACCAACUUCGCCAAGUACAGUAAUCCUACUCCAUACGGAACGGACGAUCCUAUCCUGGGCAUCCGUUGGCCGAAUGUCAUUCCGAAUACGAUGGCCGAGCUGCCAUACCUGGAGAUCACAGCAAACUUGACGGCCCGAGUCAAUCCCGAAUCCGAACGGCUCCGGUUUUGGGAUCAAACUUACGCAAAGUACAAUGGAAAUAUUUUAUAAGAGUUGUUAGUAUUAAACGCAGCAGUUGUACUCAUAUAGCUUAAUCUUUUGCGUCGUUUAGUUUAGCAUUUGUGUGUUGUAGGCGUUAGGUCGUACAAAUUCAUUACAAUUACGAGCACCAAUUUAGGAAUAUAUUAUGUUGACUAUUCUAAAUAUUAGUAAAAUGUAUAUGAAAUAAAUUACAUCAGAAUAGUGGUAUCAAAUAGAUUAUUCGAAUAAUUAGGAGUUUUGAGCUAGGCAUUUUUAACUUACCAUUUACAAAACAGACAUUUCUUACAAACAUUGAAAACACAUCAAAGCAAUUCAUUCAAGGAGAACAGACAUCAAAUCCCGCAUUAAAAGUAUAAAUCAAAACAUCAGCGCCAAUUUUAUUGAUUAUAAAACACCAAAAAUCGACUGAUAAUUUUUUUUAAAGGUAUUUUAAACCAUUAGGUUUAUUUAUCCCCAAAAAAUUGGCUAUAAAACAAUCAACAAUAAUGCAGUUGAAAUAAGUGAAACUUUGGUCUAGCAAAACCUUUUCUUAAAACUUCUCCCCAUCAGUCUUGUUUUAAAAAAUUAUGCUCAACUAUUACCAAAAAUCCUGAUAUCAAGUCUGUUCUCCGAGAUGGGACUGGAUCCAACUUAUAGUUUGAGAAAAAUAAAACCACAGAAAAAAGGUGCAAAUUUGUAUGAGCCAUAUCGUGUAUAGAAUUUUCCUGUUUGUUUUGUAUGUAGAAAAUACGUUUAGUUUUUCUUUUACUUUAAUGAGGUUAGUGUUUUAAAACAUAUACCAAUGACACCGUUUUUGAAUAGUUUUUUCUCUGUUUAAGGUUUACAUCAACUAGUUGACAGACUGACUGACGGAAUUAAAUUCGAUAGCAGGAGAUAGAGAUUAGAAAUAAAAAUUUAUC